AUGACUUCUAGUGGCUCCCCGGUGCGUGGUUCUUCUGAGUCCUGUGCCAGAGACAUAGGCUGUGACACUGCUUCAACCCGUCCCCCGGAAGCCACUUGUCUCCCCAGUGCUGGCCCUGUGUCUGGGUGUCAGGCACGGAGCUUUCUCCCUAGGACUUACCUGUCCCCGGGGUGCCUUGCACCAUGCUACCUGGCUGCCGGCUGUGACAGCCCCUGCCUGGUAGAGAACGGCGCUUGGUGUGAAGAUGGAGCGUUCAACAGCCACGAGAAGCAGACAAUGCAGUUCCUGAACGACAGACUAGCCAGCUACCUGGAGAAGGUGCGCUACCUGGAGGAGACCAACGAGCAGCUGGAGAGCAAGAUCCAAGGGCAGUGCGAGCCGGACGCGCUGUUCGUGUGCCCCGAUUAUCAAUGUUACUUUGACAGCAUCGAAGAGCUCCAGCAAAAGAUCUUAUGCACAAAGGCGGAGAACUCCAGGCUUGCCGUGCAACUCGACAACUGCAAACUGGCCGCCGAUGACUUCAGGUCAAAGUACGAGAGUGAGCUGUCCCUGCGGCAGCUGGUGGAAAAUGACAUCAGUGGCCUGCGAGGGAUCCUGGGGGAGCUGAACCUGUGCAGGUCCAACCUGGAGGCCCACGCAGAGUCGCUGAAGGACGAUCUCCUUUGCCUCAAGAAAAGUCACCAAGAGGAGGUCAGCGUGCUUCAUGAGCAGCUUGGAGACCGACUCAACGUGGAGCUGGACACGGCCCCCACGGUGGACCUCAACGGGGCGCUGGAGGAGAUGCGGUGCCAGUACGAAACGGUGCUGGCCGACAACCGCAGGGAUGCGGAAGAGUGGUUCGCUGCCCAGGCGGAAGAGCUGAGCCAGCAGCAGCUGUCCAGCGCGGAGGAGCUGACAGGCUGCCAGACGGAGAUCCUGGAGCUGAAGCGCACGGCCAACGCGCUGGAAAUCGAGCUGCAGGCGCAGCAGCACCUGACGGACUCUCUGGAAUGCACUGUGGUGGAAACUGAGGCCCAGUACAGCAGCCAGCUGGCACAGAUGCAGCGCCUGAUCGACAACGUGGAGACGCAGCUGGCCGAGAUCCGCUGCGACCUGGAGCGGCAGAACCAGGAGUACGAGGUGCUGCUGGACACCAAGGCCCGGCUGGAGUGCGAGAUCAACACGUACCGGGGCCUCCUGGACAGUGAGGACAGCAGGCUCACCAGUAACCCAUGUCCUGUGGUAUCCACGUCUAGCAACGCUUGUGAGUCCAGCUCGGCCUACGUCCUUUGCACUGUGGAAAACUGCUGUGCGUGAAAGCUGAACGCCCCACCCGGUGGGUGGAAGAACCGAAGCCAGCAGCCUCGGAAGAGACAGAGCUGCAGCCAGGGACAGCCAAACCCGAAACACAAGUCCUGAGCCUCUCAUACCCCAAAAUCCUCCUCCUGCAACCCUGGCAUAUUUAUCCUUUCCUCCCCUUUGAGCUCA